GUCUUGGAAGACCACCUAUUAGUUACAAGAGACAGAUAGAAGAUGAUGAUGAUGAUGAAUAUGACUCAGAAAUGGAUGACUUCAUUGAAGACGAAGGGGAACCCCAAGAAGAAAUAUCAAAACAUAUUCGGGAAAUAUUUGGCUAUGACCGGAAAAGAUACAAAGAUGAAAGUGAUUAUGCCUUACGUUACAUGGAGAGCAGCUGGAGAGAGCAACAGAAGGAAGAAGCUAGGAGCUUGAGACUCGGUGUUCAGGAGGACCUGGAAGAACUGAGACGGGAGGAAGAAGAACUAAAGCGGAAGAGACAGUCGAAGAAGCUGAGGACACGUUGA